GUUUCAGGAGCUAAUAUCAGGGAAGUAAAUGUGAAAAAGCUCACCUCAGGAGUCCUCCACACAAAGUUCUGGGUCGUGGACAAAAAACACAUUUACAUUGGCAGUGCCAACAUGGACUGGAGGUCUCUCACACAGGUGAAGGAGCUGGGCGCCGUGGUGUACAACUGCAGCUGCCUGGCUGCAGACCUGGGGAAGAUCUUUGAAGCCUACUGGUUCCUGGGGGAGAGUGACACAGUGCCCUCACCUUGGCCCCCCAGCUUCUCCACCAACUACAACAAGGACACGCCCCUCGAGCUGCCACUCAACAACACGCCGUCCAACGUCUACCUGUCGGUGAGAAACAAACAGAGAGGGGGAGGGGAUCUGUGAAUGUCAGUAUAUUAUUAGAAAGAGCCCAAUCUGUUUAAAAGGGGCUUGCUGCAUAUUGUCCCAAACUGACACCAAAGAACACGUCCCGACGGAACACGACUGUUGUGUCGCCUCACGUCUCCUGCGUCUUGGCCA